CACAGAGUAAGAUAUAAGCCUGCAGGUAGUCAGACAAGCCGCACUACAGCGUCCUUUCCCUUACCCGCAGACAACUUGAAGAUGGGGAACAAAGCUCUGCUUGUGGGUAUACGCUAUGCUUCGCUCGAGGGACAUGUACUGGAGAGCACCUACCAAGAUGUGGAACAACUCAGGGAAUUCCUCAUAAACUCCGUCGGUUUCCAAUCUACAGACAUCAUGGAGCUCAGAGACGAUGUCGAGCCAUCAGACCCUCUAUACCCGAGCAAUGCCAAUCUGGUGAAGGCUAUGGAGGAUCUAGUCUCGGACGUGCAGCCAGGCGACCACCUGGUCUUUCACUUUUCUGGUCAUGGAUCCCAGAAGCCCGACCUCAACGGAGACGAGGAUGACAAAAUGGAUGAAGCUAUCUGGCCCGCAGAUGUGAUACUUGUGGAGGGAGACGAUGCGGACAACGUCAUCCUAGACGAUAACAUCAAGAGCAUACUGGUCGACAACGUCCCGGACGGUGCAUCUCUCGUUAUUAUCCUGGACUGCUGCCACUCGGGCACUGGGGCAGGCAACUACACGGACCCCGAUGACGAAGACGACGGGCAAGCUCACCCACUCCCCAGGCGGAAGCUAGCGUUCAGAAAGCUCACAAAAACGGGCAAUUCUGACGCUAAUCCGGUUGUUGUCUCGUGGGCGGCCUGUCCAGACCCGAAGGCGACAUUGAGCUUCUCGAGGUCGGGUGGCUACUUCCUUGAGGCUUUUGUGGAGGCUUUCAAUGAGAACCCAGGCGCCACGCAUCAGGAACUCCUGCACUGCGUCAGAAUGAAAAUGACCCAGUCAGCCGAAAGCUUUCUCGAGGAGCAGAGGCCCUCGAUGACCAAGGGCAGAUGGAAGAGGAUUCAAAACUGGUGGAAGACAGAGCAGCCCGAGCCCGUACUGGGAGUGCUUUAUGACGAAGAUGGCGUACUCUGCUCUCCGGUCGUGGACACCUUUGGGGAUGGUGCUGCGUCUUAGUAAGUGACCGACUCAAGACAGGAGCGUCGUCGAGAGGCGAAGAAUAAAUGAGCUACUAGCAGUGCUUGAUUGAGUCGUUUUCAGCUCUCGUUAAUGAUAUUCAUGCAGAACUCUAUUGGACAUGUUUCGAGUAAGGAAUACAGUCUUGAACUGGGCACCGUCCUCAGUCCG